AUAUGUGGGGAUGAUUUUAAAUAAUCAAAAUUCAGAAUUUCAAAAUCAAUUAAUUAACAUUAGGAGGCAGGGAAUUGAAAGUUAUCUAUUGAAGUGUGGGUCUGUGUCAAAGUUAUCUAUCAAGUGUGAAAGUUAUCUAUUGAAGUGUGAACAUUAGUCUCAAGGAAUUUGGUGGUGGGUUACCCAUGCACUUGGUAUUGUGGUUAUUCAUAUUUAAUAUAUUAUUUUAAUUAUCAUCUUGUUCAAUUAUUUAAAUUGUGUACAAAUUUUAUUAAUAGUAUUGUGAAUUUGUUCAAUGCUAUUGUUUGCAGUUAUGGCCCGUUUGAGUUUAGCCACAAGGAAUAGGAUAAAGAAAAGGAAGUUGGUUUUGGUUGUGAUGUUUUGGUUGGAUAUGUUGCAAAUUGUUAGUAUGUUUUUUCAGUUAUUAUGCUUUAUAGUAGAGGACUGUGUUCGAAAAAGAUCAUUGAAAGCAACAUAUGGUCAUGAUUUUCAUUCAAGGAGAGGGGAAAUUCACCGUUUAUGCUAUGAGAGUGAUGAAACUUGCAUUAACCAACUUAGGAUGAAUAGAAAUGCAUUUACUAGGUUAUGUAAUAUGCUUGAAACAAUAGGUGGCUUAAAAGAUACAAAACACAUGUUAGUAGAUGAACAAGUUGCUAUGUUCCUACAUACACUAGCUCAUCAUGCAAAAAAUCGAGUCAUAAAACACCAUUUUAGGCGCUCAGGAGAGACAGUAAGUAGAUAUUUCAAUGAUGUGUUACAUGCUAUCAUACGUUUACAAGGAGAGCUAUUUAAGAAACCAGAGCCAGUUCCAGAAAAUUCUUCAGAUGAGAGAUGGAAAUGGUUUAAGGUAUCCAACAACGUGAAUUUUCUUUUCAAGUUAUGAAGUAGAAAUAUCGAAUAAAGUGCUGAUUGCAUUUUUUUGUUGUUGUCGUAACUACAGAAUUGUUUAGGUGCAUUAGAUGGAACAUAUAUUAGCGUGAGAGUGCCUUUAGAAGACAAACCUAGGUACCGAAAUCGUAAGGGAGAGAUUGCCACUAAUGUACUAGGAGUUUGCUCACAAGACAUGCAAUUUAUUUAUGUUUUGCCUGGUUGGGAAGGCUCUGCUGCUGAUGGUAGAGUGCUUCGAAAUGCAAUAAGUAGGAGGAAUGGAUUGAGAGUUCCCCAUGUAUUUGGAGAGAAAUGGAAACGACUGUACUUGAUUCUCAAGAUCCUUCUAAACGAAAGUGGACUCCUGCUGAAGAUAUAAAGUUAGUGGAGGCUUUGGUAGAAUAUCACCAUGAAAGAGAAGGUAGCCCUGAAAAUAAGUUUAAACCCGGAUAUUUGAAAAUCUUGGAAGGAAAGAUUUCUACCAAAUUACCUAAUGCUGGCUUAAGAGCAAAACCACAUAUUGAGUCAAGAUUGAGGACUUUGAAAAGAGAAUUUCAAGUUAUUCAUGAAAUGUUGACUGGGCCUAACACAAGUGGGUUUGGAUGGGACACUGUGAAGAAGUGUGUUACUGCUGAAAAUGAUGUAUGGGAUGCAUAUGUGCAGAGUCAUAAGGGGGCAAUCGCUUGUAGAAACAAGUCAUUUCCACACUAUGAAGACCUUUGCAUUGUGUAUGCAAAAGACCAUGCUACUGGUAAAGAUGCUCAAGCACCUGCAGAUGUUGUUGAAGAACUAGAAGCAGAGAAAAAUGAUGACAAAUUAGAUGAUAUUCCUGAAGACGUGGACUGCACACAAAUUCCCACCCCUGGCAGUAACGGGGAAGAACAGAAUGCUCGAAAAAAGAAAAGAAAAAUUCAAAGUGGUGAAGAUAAUAUGGUAGAAGCGAUGAAAGAAGUUACAAUUAUUCUUGCUGCCCAGUUAAAGGAUGCAUCAGAUAACCUUAGCAAGGCAGUCAUUGGAGUAGUAGCAGCUGAAAGUAGGUCCAAAAUCAAUGAUGAAUUACUAAAACUACCUGGCCUUACAACGAAGGAGCGUCACAAGGCAACUAAAUUGAUUGCUUGUCAACAUGAACUAAUAGAUGUUUUCUUGAGCAUGCUGGAUGCUGAGAAGGAAGAAUGGGUGAAAGGCCUUAUUAAUGGUGACUUUUGAGUGGCUUACAAAGGUUGGAAAAUUCAAUUUGCAUUUAUGCUUCUUUUUUAUCCCACUUGAACACGGGGCUCCUAAGAAUUUUGGAUGAUUGUGAUGUUUUUUUUUUUUUUAAAUAAAUGGGAUGUUAUGUUAUUGAAAUUUUAUAUAA